AGGGGCUGGUAACUAUGUCGCCCUCCGUCACGGCCGUCCAGGAUUGCUGACUUGGUCCGAGACGUGUUGUGUCUUCUGUGGACACAGAACUGAUCGCUCGACGAUUCUCAUGAAUCGCCUUUGAUGCUGUGCACGAUGCGACGAGGAACAAUGGCCGAACAAAGCGGACCCCACAGCUAUGUGGCCGAUUCCGCAGUCACUGCUGCGUCCCUUCAUGUCGCUCGCCUCAUUGGAAGUCAUGCUGCUGACACUUCCGCUCGAGCUCCAAGGCGGAAGGCACAAGAGAUCUGAAACCCCUCGGGUACGCUAUGACAGGUUGCAAUUCAACGUGCUCCGGUCUCGAAUUCACUCAGCGCACUUCGCAUCCGUACCUGGCUUCCAGGACGAUAUGGAAAAGGCGAUAUGUCUGCGAAAUAGGCAUUACAUCCUUCAGUCAAGAUUGAAGACAUUGCGCAGAGUGUUGGACGCAACCAUCGAAGCACCAGGAGGUACGGUCCUUGCAAUUGCGAAUGCGCGGGCUUAUCUUCUCUCAGAAAUUCAAUCAUAUCCGACGUGCAAGUCAAGGAAGAAUGGCGCUCGGUAUCCAACCGACUUAUCGCGAAUGGUCAGGAUCCCUUGAAUCUACCGCGAUUUGCGGGACUCAGUCAUGAACCUUGAGGAUGAACGACUGUCAUCUUGUGUCUGCUGACAUCCGGAAGCCCCAUCGGUCAAUACAUCGCGCGGCUAGAACAUUGUGUAGUCAGCUGUUCAACAUCGCCUGCUCAAGGAGAAUUUUUAAGCUCGCAGCAUACGCGGAGAAAAACGAUGUUGUUUUUACGAACACUGCUGAUGGGGAAGUAUUCUGGUUUUAGAAACACAUUGUUUGUGUAUUUGAGAAAUAUAAUUCUUGUUUAUAUCACAGUUUGC